AAAAAAAAAAAAGAUGCCCUAUUAAAAAUGUCAUGGUUUUUGAGAAUGCUGUUUUCAGUAAAUAAGGUUGAAAUUGCUGCAGCAAACAUGAUAAACUUAAAAAAUAUGAGUUCAAUUCAACUAAAUUUAGUGUUGUUAUAAUAAUAUUACAAAUAAUUUUAAAUACAUUUUAUACAAUUUGAAAAAUGCUUUGUUAAGUAUUAUUUAGUAACUGCUUAGUGCUCAAAAGGUUAUAACUCCUUGAAAUGUUGAUUUCUGAAUGAAUCAAUCAAAGUCAGUGAAGCCCAAAAAUAUGAAAAUUAUAGAGCUAAAUACAGCAAAAAAAAAAAAAAAAAACAGUGAUGUUAUAAUAAUAGUUGAAAUAUUUUUCAUAUUGUUGGAGAAAUCAGAAAAAUAUUUUUUAUAAUGCCUUAUUAAAAAAUGCCAGACUCUUUCAAAGAGUGCUGUCUGUAGAAGUAAGGUGAAGUGGCUGCAAUAAACAUAAACAUUUUUAAAAAUUGACCGUUAAAUUCAAUUAAAUUUAGUGAUGAUAUAAUAUUAUUAAAUAAUCAAAGUAAUAAAAAGAAAUAAUCUUUUUUUUUUAACUCCUUGUUGAGUAAUAUUUAAUAACUGAAGGGAGUGCUCAAAAUGCUAAAAGCCCUGGAAAUGCUGAUUUCUCUCAGCCAAUUGGUGAAGACGUAAAACAUGAAACAUACCCUAGUUAAAUUAAGAAAACAUCUGUGAUGUUAUAAUAAUAUUAAAAAUAAUUUCCAAAAUUGGGCGGCACGGUGACCGACUGGUUAGCACAUCUGCCUCACAGUUCUGAGGACCGGUGUUCAAAUCCCGGCCCCGCCUGUGUGGAGUUUGCUUGUUCUCCCCGUGCCUGCGUGGGUUUUCUCCGGGCACUCCGGUUUCCUCCCACAUCCCAAAAACAUGCGUGGCAGGUUGAUUGACGACUCUAAAUUGUCCGUAGAUGUGAAUGUGAGUGUAAAUGGUUGUUAAUUUCUAUGUGCUCUGCGAUUGGCUGCCGACCAGUUCCGGGUGUACCCCGCCUCUCGCCCGAAGAUAGCUGGGAUAGGCUCCAGCACGUCCGCGACCCUAGAGAGGAUAAGCGGUACAGAAAAUGGAUGGAUGGAUGGAUUUUCAAAAUUGUUGAAGAAAUCCCAAAAAUAAAAAAAGACACCUCAUUAGGUAAAAAUGUAUUUCAAAGAGUGUUGUAUCAAUAAGGGUGAAGUGGCUGCAGCAAACGUAAGAAACGUAAUUCCUUGACUUUUUGGUUCAUAUAAUAAACUAAUGUCUUUUGUAUUAUUUUUCAUAACAUGUGUAUUAUAUGUAUCAUAUAUAUCUAUGAUUACAUGACAAGUUAGUAUCUAAGUCAAACUUCUUCUACAAACCUUUGACCAAGAAUCAACAUUUUUGACCAAGAAUUAAAAUUUGACUACCAUGACUUCUACACUUGUAGCAGACAAUUGACACUCCAUCCAGCCCAGCACACACCACUGCACCUCCCUCGGGUGUCAUCCCCUCCCUCCCGUCUCUUAUCCACAUGCAAAGAGCAGUCAGUAAUCGGAUGAGAGCAGAUUUGAUUCAAAAAGGCUCCCCCCCGCCCUCUUCCCCUUUAAAAAUCUCUGCCGACAGGAUUUAAAACUCACUCUCCUGACUCACCUCUUGCCCUCGUCCCCCUGCCCCCGCCCCCCACCCAUGGAUGGUGUUAAUGCACUUCAGAAUCCAGCACCACCCUCCUCUUCUAGCAGCCAUUUAAUCACGUGAAACAAUGGCAGGACAAUACCUUCUGUCUGGACUAAUACAUGACAAAAAGCUACUAAAUCAGCAAGACACUAUCAAUCGGCACUUUAAUUUCAUUUUAACAGGGUCGUGCUUUCACUACAGGCUCUCCAGAUGGUUCAAAAAAAGUCAAAUCUACACACACAUGCACGCACGCAUACACACACACAAAAACACACACCUUGACCUCUCCUUCCUCUCCUUUUUACUUUAGACAAAUGAGAGGCAAAUCCAUCAGGUCAUGUGUUGUCUGAUUCAAAUGGUGAGGGAAGGUGCAAAUAGUGGCCAUCACUGAGGUGUACCCUAGUACACUGUUAACAUACGAGUUUAAUUCGUUUCCAGUCAAGAACAAUAGCACUGUAUUGUAUAAAACAUAAAAAAAGAUCAUGUCAAGAAAUAAACUGGUUUUAUAGAGUGUACUUACUGUACAUACUGUACUAUUUGUGUGUUCGAUGUGUACCUUUAAGGGGCAUUGCCAAGUGAGUGAGCUGAUGGUUGGCCGGUUCGUCUGUGUGUGAGUGUCUGGCUAUGAGUUGUGGCCUACAGCAGCUCCUUGCCAAUGUUCUCAUGUUGUAUUUUUGCAUUUAACUUUCUUUCCCAUAAAAUAAACAGAAAGUGCACUGAGGUACUGUAAUGCAUGUGGGCAAGGAGAGCCACAGUCGCCAAUGCAUAUGACUGCAUACAGUGCCGUAAUUGCGGCAUUAAUUUUUCACUUCGUUUGAGUAGUGGCGUAUCAGAAGCUUGCUCGUAAAUCUGAUUUUGGCUUGGAACACAAAGCAAAAAAGCAACAAAACAAAACAAAUUGACCAAACAAUGGCUCGUGACUCGGAAAGCUCGUAAGUUGGGGCAUUUGUAAGUCAAGGUACCUCUGUGGUAGUAUUUAAUGACAUCGAAGGAUGGGCGUUUGAUUAAUAAUUGUAUCGAUUAAUUAGAGCAAAUAUUGGCAAAUAUGAAUUUUUAAAAAACAAAAUCCCUGCAAAGAAACAAUACCAACACUGACUACAUGAACAUAAUCAUUUUCACACUGUAUUGAGUAGUGACUCUUAACUGGUAGGUCAUGGACAGCCAUAAAGAAUAUAUACCGUUUUCUCAUUUAGAUUUUUCUGCUACAGUACAAAGGCGUGCCAAGUUCCCACAUGGAACAUAUUAGCUAAGCGACUGGAAGUGUAGCUGCCUCGUGCUUUAGUCACUAGUUUACUCCGUAAACAAAAACUAUGCAGCUCAGCCUCUGGCUAGCAGGCGUCAUGGUGAGCAAUAAGCUUUUGGCGGUACAUGAACCUCAUUUGAAACAGCUUUUGAAAAUAUACGUGUUAUGAGAGGCUAUUUUUAAACAAAACAUGUUCUUUAUUGUACUUAAGCUCUAUAAAAGUGGGAUGCGAUUGCGAUGUUGCAAAUAAGGAAAACGCGGGUCCCAGGGUGACCUGUCCUAGUGUCAGCUCGUGUCAUUCAGCCCCAAAAACCUGUCAGGGGUUAUCGUGGUUGCAUUUGUCACACUAACUGAUUUUCUCCAUUAGAGGAUGAACUGGCUCUUUUAAUCACGACAUGACCAAAUUCUAUUGCAAUCAACAAUUUGGACGCUUGAACACACACACACGCACUUCCUCUCGUUCCCCGCCAAUACAUCCAUGUGAUGACAUUAUGACAGGACGUACUGGUUUGUGUGUACAUACAGGGCGAAUCAGCUGAAGAGCAAAUAGUUUUACUGUUCAGGACCCGCUUGAAUAUUCAUACACUCCUGCGUGAGCUCCACUGUAUGUGCGUGUGUGUGUGUGUGUGUGUGUGCGCUCGACCGGUUUCUGUGUGCUUACUGAAGUUUGCAAAGCAGGCAAGAGCCCAGUUUGACUUGCAAAAACAUUACUUCCUCGCAGAGCUGGAGCCUGCCGCAGCUUUCCUGCCAUCCCUGACAGUGCCUGACGAGCAUCGCCAUGGGUGAAAUGGAGCAAUUGCGAAAGGAGGCAGACAACCUCAAGGACCAGAUCACUGCAGCGCGUAAGGCCGCGCAGGACACAACCCUGCAGGAGGCCGUGGCUGGUAUCAAUGUGGUUGGCCGCGUCCAGUUGAAGACCAGGAAAACACUGAGGGGUCACCUCGCCAAGAUCUACGCAAUGCACUGGUCCACUGACUCCAAGCUGUGCGUGAGCGCAUCACAAGACGGGAAGCUUAUCGUGUGGGACAGCAUCACGACAAACAAGGUGAACGCCAUCCCACUCAAGUCGUCGUGGGUGAUGACGUGUGCCUACGCCCCGUCUGGCAACCUGGUGGCGUGCGGCGGCCUGGACAACAUGUGCUCCAUCUACAACCUCAAGGGCAAGGACGGCAAUGUCAAGGUCAUGCGGGAGCUGGCGGCGCACACAGGUUACCUGUCCUGCUGUCGUUUCAUCAGCGACAGCGAGAUCAUCACCAGCUCUGGAGACUGCACUUGCGUGCUAUGGGACAUCGAGACGGGCACCCAGAAGACUAUCUUCGCAGGCCACCAAGGAGACUGCAUGUCCUUGGCCGUGUCCCCGGAUUUCAAGUUCUUCAUCUCGGGAGCGUGCGACUUCACGGCAAAGCUGUGGGACAUUCGAGAGGGCAACUGCAGACAGACCUUCGGGGGCCACGAGAGCGACAUCAACGCCAUCGGGUUCUUCCCCAACGGCAACGCGGUCAUCACGGGUUCCGACGACGCCACCUGUAAGCUGUACGACCUGAGGGCAGACCAGGAGCUCCUCACCUACCAGGACUCCAGCAUCAUGUGCGGCGUCACCUCGCUGGCCCCCUCCCUGUCGGGACGUCUCAUCCUGGCUGGAUACGAUGACUUCAACGUCAACAUUUGGGACUCGCUUAAAGCAGAGAGAGUGGUUGAGGGGUCAGCAGGCACUUUGGAAACCCAACAAUUUAGAAGAAAAACGAAAAACAUUUCCAUAUGUGGCCUUCUCUCACGUGUGGUGGUCCAGGAGUGCUGGCCGGCCACGACAACCGAGUGAGCUGCAUCGGCGUAUCCUCCGACGGCAUGGCGUGCUGCACGGGAUCCUGGGACAGCUUUCUCAAGAUUUGGAACUGAUGCUUCACAGCUGGUGUCGGAUCUGCAUAUGGGAUUUCUUCGGGAGGUCACAGGCGGGCGUGGUAUUUAAUUGUGCCAAUUUUUUAAGUUGGGUUUGUUAAUGUGAAUGAAAAUUCCUCUCUGUAGUUCAUUACGUAGUGGUCUGGCACACUCAGUUGCUGCAGUCGAGCAGUCACCGAACGGAAGCACACCGGAUGUUUGUCUUUAGGUUGACACGAACUAUAUUGGUAUGUAUGUAUGCUGUGUUUUAUAUCAAGCAAACUUGUUUUUUAGGUUGUUGUUAGUUUUCCAUUAGCUGCUUAUGGUGACUUCCUUUUCUAAACAGAAUGACACCCUACUUCAGAGGUUUUUGUGUUUGUUUUGAAUGUAACAUGCUUGUUCUAACCCCCCCUCCCCCAACACAAAUGUGAGACAGCCAACAGAUGGGAAAACAAAAAGUGGUUCACACAGCACUUACAAGCAACAGCCCAUUUGUCUCAGGACCUACUCAUGGAUGCUAUUGUGUGCACAUUACCGCUAGUUUUUUUUUAGGAAUUUGUUGUAAAUAUUAGUUAUCCUUUUCCUCUACCAGGUAAAGUCAGGGGUACAGUAGUUUGAUGAUUGACAGGUUUUCUUAUUAGGAUUUUACAACAGCAGGCAAGGUCUAGCGUAGCUUAGCAGCCCGUUGAAUAAAGAAGGAAUUCUACUUGUCUUCUGUGGUCAUUUUGCAAAAUCCAACUGUUAUUUCAAUCAAUAAGUUAUAAAACAAUGGUAACUUGUUGAGGUACUCAGUUACAACGGCACAAUAAAAUGAUAUGCAAUACAAACUAUUCUUUUCACUAUCAAUUUACACACGCAGACUGUACAUAUACAUAACAGGCCUUUUGCAGCCCGCAGGCUGUUAUUUUCCCCUUCUACUUUUCUUCUUUUCCUCUCGGCUUGUCCCGUUAGGGGUCGCCACAGCGGGUCAUCCUUUUCCAUGUGAGCCUAUCUCCAGCAUCCUCCUCUCUAUCACCAAUUGCCCUCAUGUCUUCACUCACUACAUCUAUCAACCUUCUCUUUGGUCUUCCUCAAGCCUGGCAGCUCCAUCCUCAUCACCCUUCAACCAAUAUAUUCACUGUCUCUCCUCUGGACGUGUCUAAACCAUCAAAGUCUGCUCUCUCUAACUUUGUCUCCAAAACAUCGAACCUUGGCUGUCCUUGGCUGAUGAGCUCAUUUCUAAUUUUAUCCAACCUGGUCACCCCUCGAGCGAACCUCAACAUCUUCCUUUCCGCCACCUCCAGCUCUGCUUCCUGUUGUCUCUUCAGUGCCACUGUCUCUAAUCCGUACAUCAUGGCUGGCCUCACCACUGUUUUAUAAACUUUGCCAUUCAUCCUAGCAAAGACUCUUCUGUCACAUAACACACCUGACACCUUCCUCCACCCCCUCCAACCUGCUUGGACUCGUUUCUUCACUUCCUGACCACACUCACUAUUGCUCUGGACGGUUGACCCCAAGUAUUUAAAGUCCUGCACCCUUGCUAUCACUUCUCCCUGUAGCCUCACUCUUCCCCCACCACCCCUCUCAUUCAUGCACAUAUAUUCUGUCUUACUUCGGCUAAUCUUCAUUCCUCUGCUUUCCAGUGCAUGCCUCCAUCUUUUUAAUUGUUCCUCCACCUGCUCCCUGCUUUCACUGCAGAUCACAAUGACAUCUGCAAACAUCAUGGUCCACGGGGAUUCCAGUCUAACCUCAUCUGUCAGCCUAUCCAUCACCACUGCAAACAGGAAAGGGCUCAGGGCUGAUCCCUGCUGCAGUCCCACCUCCACCUUAAACUCCUCUGUCACACCGACAGCACACCUCACCGCUGUUCUGCUGCCCUCGUACAUGUCCUGUAUUAUUCUAACAUACUUCUCUGCCACUACAGACUUCCGCAUGCAGUACCACAGUUCCUCUCAGGGUACUCUGUCAUACGGUUUCUCUAGAUCCAUAAAGACACAAUGUAGCUCCUUCUGACCUUCUCUGUACUUUUCCAUCAACAUCCUUAAGGCAAAGAAUGCAUCUGUGGUACUCUUUCGAGGCAUGAAACCAUACUGUUGCUCGCAAACACUCACUUCUGUCUUGAGUCUAGCCUCCACUACUCUUUCCCAUAACUUUGUGUGGCUCAUCAACUUUAUUCCUCUGUAGUUGCCACAGCUCUGCACAUCACUCUUAAAAAUGGGCACCAGCACACUUUUCCUCCAUUCCUUAGGCACCUUCUCACCUGCUAGAAUUCUGUUGAAAAGGCUGGUGAAAAACUCCACAGCCACCUCUCCUAGAUGCUUCCAUACCCCCACAGGAAUGUCAUCAGGACCAACUGCCUUUCCAUAUUUUUCUUCUCUCAUUUUCCUCAUUCAUCAACUCCUCAAAGUAUUCUUUCCAUCUAUCCAGCACACUACUGGCACCAGUCAACACAUUUCCAUCUCUAUCCUUUUUCUUCUUUGGGCAUUGUUUACUGUUAGUUUUUUAAUUAUGUUAGUACUCUUUUCUGGUAAGAGGUUUGAAUUGUUUUCAGAUAAAUUAACUUUUUAUUUUAUUGUAGGUGAAGUGUUUAUCCUCACCAUCUUCAUCUGUACCCUGUGAAAGUUGUUUUCUAAGGCAGGGGAACUGGUGUCUCAGAGGAGAAAUCACCUUGGAGCAAAGACACUUCAAAAACUUUUGUUCCUCAAUAAAAAUGCAGAAAUACA